GUCCCUGGUAAAAAUCAAUUACGGCCUGAUAACUUACCUACAUAUGGUGUUUAUUAAACUCUUCCAUCUUGCUGUUUGUCAACAUGUCAGACGAAUUCGAAAGUGUUGAAAAAUCUCUUCAAAAACAUCUACCUGAGCAUGAAUUGGUUGAAGUCAGACGGAUUCUAUAUGGAAAACAGCUAAGGACUCUGGAGUUACCUGAAGAUGCUGUUCAGGAGGCUACAAGGAAAGACUUUGAGUUGGCAGGUUAUGGGUUUGAUGCUGAAAGAGAGGAGGUCCGGUCACCAAGAGUGGUGCGGGUGGGGGCCAUACAGAACAAGAUCGUCAUACCAACAGACGCGCCGGUACUCGAACAGAUUGAAUCUCUUCAUAAACGAAUCACUGAAAUAAUUGCUGUGGGAGCCAAGUGUGGAGUGAACAUCAUUUGUAUGCAGGAAGCGUGGACAAUGCCAUUUGCCUUUUGCACGAGAGAGAAGCAUCCAUGGUGUCAGUUUGCAGAGUCUGCUGAAGAGGGGCCCACAACAAAACUCCUACAAGAGCUGGCCAAGAAGUACAACAUGGUGAUAAUAUCUCCAAUCUUGGAGCGCGAUGAUAACCAUGGUGAAAUCCUUGCCAACACAGCAGUUGUCAUAUCAAAUACCGGUGCAUAUCUUGGAAAAUCCAGAAAAAAUCACAUCCCACGAGUGGGAGACUUCAAUGAGUCCACAUACUACAUGGAAGGAAACACAGGGCACAGAGUCUUUCAAACACAAUUUGGCAAGAUAGCUAUUAACAUCUGCUAUGGUCGACACCAUCCCCCCAACUGGAUGAUGUAUGGGGUGAACGGGGCUGAGAUAGUCUUCAAUCCUUCCGCCACAGUAGGGGGUCUCAGUGAGCCAAUGUGGCCAAUAGAAGCCCGAAAUGCAGCUAUUGCCAAUAGUUACUUUACUUGCGCAAUCAACCGUGUUGGAACCGAAGUAUUUCCAAACGAAUUUUCCUCAGCUGAUGGCAAGCCAGCUCAUAAGGACUUUGGACAUUUCUACGGGUCCAGCUAUGUGGCAGGCCCAGAUGGUAGUAGAACACCGGGCCUCUCAAGAACGCGAGAUGGUCUGCUUGUGGCAGAAAUGGAUUUGAAUUUGUGUCGACAAGUUAAAGAUAGGUGGGGCUUUCGGAUGACUCAGAGACUGGACAUGUAUGCCAGGGAGCUUAGUGAGGCAAUCAAGCCAGACUACGUUCCAGAUGUUGUGAAAGAAAAAUAAACGCCUCAACAAACUGCUCAAUAUUCUUUUUAAGAACUUGUUCCCAGGCACCCGACAGUUUCCAUGUUAAAAGUUGUAUGCUCUCAACAGACAAAAAAUGAGUCAGUCAGUGUGUAUUAUCUAGUCACACAAUUUGUAAAAUUAAAUCUUGUAAGAUGCAAUAAACACACGUUUAAAAGAGUCUCAGUUCAGUAAAUUGAUCUAAAAAGAUAUGCAGAACAGUUUGAUUUGUUUUGCUUUGGCGAGGAGUGUAGCAUCACACUGAAAUUAUAAUCAGAUGUUUCUCAUGUGUAUGCAUAUAUAUACAUAUAUAUGUUUAUUAUAUAGUUAUAAUCAUGCUUGUAUUUAGAUGCUAUUACCUCAUGUAAUGUUUGAUUUGUUAGACUGUUGAAUAAAACUGUAGAAUUUC